CUCAUACCCCGCUUCGCAGUUAUAACCUGUGUUGGUUGUAAUCACAUUGAUAUAACCAACAAGCCUUACUUUUUUCUUUGUCUCCUUCCUAAGCAUUAUUCUUACCGCAAACUUUGGGUGCUAUGGAUGCAGAAGCUACCCCUUUGUCUAAUGAUGAAAUGCUUGCAAGUCUGGCACGAGAGCUCUUGCCAUUUCUUCGUCAUGUCAACGUUCUGCGAGCCAGCUAUCACGACAACAGUACAGAAGAUUGGCGAUCAGAAGUUCCAAGUGUUGGCACUGCACUGGAACUCUCACCUGGUGUCUUACUUCCAACUAGUCAGACGACUUUGACAGCGAUACAAGAGCAAUUUCUAUCCAUCUUCGACGUCCCAGCAAUCUUCACUAGCGAAAAACUUCCUUCAACCCUCACUCAGCCCGAUCGAACUGAUACAGACCCCUUUGGCACAAAACCCUAUCCUAUUCCAGGCAAUGACUUCCACGCUGAACCAUCUAUUACGUACGAUCUAUCGGCCUGGUCUUCCCUCUUGCAACUUCAUUCGAUGGAUAGAAGCACCAAACAUUUGUCCCCACUAGUUGUUCCUCUUGACCGUAUCGGCAAUCAUCCUGAUUUGACACCAUCACGAGUUCUCGAGGUAGCAGAAUCGAUAUGCAAACUGUGGCCCGAUAGUCAUAUUGCGCCUGUGAGCCGUCGCCUGCUUGGUCCUCGAUUCAAUGAUUCGGAGUCGGUCGAAUAUCGUAUGAUAAGUUGGCUUGCCUCUAAGGAUGUGAAUUUGGAAUCUGUGCGUCUAGAUAUGCUUCUACAUCAUCCUAGUGGCUAUUACUUGCAGUCGCAAGGGGAAUCUAAAGCGAGUAUUAUUGCCGAUGGUAUCGCCGGAGACUAUCCAACCUUUCCUUGAGACAUUUAUUACCCAACAACCUAUUUCCAAACAAUCCCGAUAUGCACAAAUAUGGUCUAUUAAGGGUCCAGAGCGA